AUGGAGAACUAUAGCCACAAGAAAUUCACAGCAGCUCUGAAGCGGAAGCGCAGUCAGGACUCUGAUUCCGACGACGAUGUGGUUUUCGUCAUGGAGCAGCCCGGUCAGCGAACCCCCGAACAGCCCCCAUCCAAGCGUCGCUUCUUCCGUCCUUGGUUGGAUGAGCCAGAGAAGACAAAGCAGCCGGAGCCACCACGCAAGACCAUGGUAACACCACCAUUGGUGGAUCCCACCUAUCAGGCCAACAUGGUGCGCAACCAUAAGCGACGCCAGCGCAGUCCUCAGGAGCAACUGCGUCGGGAUCGGAACACAUUGGCUAGCCUGCGCCACCGACGAUCUCAGCAACAGCAGCAGCAGCUUAUCGAGCAACAGUACUUGACGAAUCGGAUCCAGCACGAGGCCAACCUGGAGCAACAGAUUCGCCUGAGUCUCUACUAUGUGCGGUUCCUCCAGCAGACCAUGGCCAAUAUGGAACCACUGACACCGACGCAACACCAGCAGAUGCUCCAUGCCAGACAGGCCACCACCCAACAGCCUUGA